AUGGAGAGCAAUAAGCAGCAUUUUCGUCCUAUUUUACUUUUUUACUAUAAAAAAGGUAAAAAUCCUGUUCAAGCCAGAAAGAAAUUAACCAAUAUGUAUGGAGAAGAUGUAUUGACAGUACGCCAGUAUGCAUCACGUUCUGGAAGUCCGGUUGAAGCUGAUAAAAACACGAUAAAGGUAUUAGUUGAUGCAAACUGGCGAAUAACAACACGUGAGAUCGAUGAGAGGUUCUCAACAGGUUUAACCUCGAAACUCGAUAUAUGGGUUCCCCAUGUUUUUACAGAUAGAAAUUUGUGUCGUCGCGUUGACGUCUGUGAUUCACUUCUCAAACGUCACGAAAAUGAUCCAUUUUUGAAGCGCACCAUUACGAAAAAUGGGUUAUAUAUAAAGUGUCAAACACAAGAGAUCAUGGAGCAAAAAAGAUGA